ACAAACGAAAUAGAGUUAAAAAAAUUUUUUUACGAAAAACAUUCAUUCGCUGUAUUUUUGGUUUAGUCUCUGAAGCUCUUCUGGAGCUACAUAAACUAAUUACAUGCAUAGAUAUACCUUAUCUUAUUGUAAGUACAAAGUUUUAGAGCAAUCUAGCUAGUCGUUUUAAAAUGAGAGCGUAACUACGUUUGUAUGGAGAAACGAGCUUGCUUGUUUCUUAAUUGAAAAACAAAAAGACUACUAAUUAAAACUGUCUAGGUCCUCGUUAAUCGGUCGGUAGUACUAGAAGUAAUAAUACUACUGUUUACAAAAAAAGACCUGUGGUAGUAGUAAAGUACGUACUAACUAGGUAGGUAUUGGUACAGACAGCACUAGAAUAGUAGUAGCUAAGCGGGUUUAUGCUCUCUUUUUUAUUCCGAUGCCCAAAACACAAGUUUAGAUCAUUUUGAUACCUCACCCACUUAUCUUAGCACUUUAGCAGGCUGACUAUACCUAUACGAUUUUGCUGAAUUUUUGUAGAUGUACGUCAUACAGCGCCAUCUAUAUUGCACUAGAAAAAUUAAAUUCCGUCGGUAAAGCAGUGCACAAUUGGCAAGUGGCGCUUGCUCUGCUUUACCGACUGAGUAAUGACGAGCUGUCAUGGCGAACCGUGGUGUACGUUUUCGUGCACGAUAAAACAAAAAUAAUGAUUCCUAUUAGGAAUAUGUUAAAUAAGUGCUUGAAGAACUGCUGUGGUUACUCUAAAGUAUCAUGAUUAACGUGUGCAAGUUAUAAUUAGACUUAAGUUAGUGAAAAUGGACAAGAAAAAUGCGAUUCGGAGAGCCAAAAGGCCUUCUAAGGUUCUUGAAGAAAACUAUUGGGACUGCAGCGUUUGCACGUACAGGAACAAUGCAGAAGCCUUCAAGUGCUCGAUGUGUGACGUCAGGAAAGGCACAUCGACCCGAAAGCCGCGUAUCAAUCCGGCGCUGGUGGCGGCGCAGGCGGCCGGCACCGCCCCCACCAGCUCACAGAAGAGACCUCGCUCCGCCAACUCGCUCAAAAAGAAGCGGCGACCCCCUCGCCUCAGCAACGUCGACCGCAGCUCCGCUCAGACCAGAGAGGUAACAGUAAGCGGCGUAACUGUGGUGAUCACAGAAUACAAGCCCAAGAAAUCAGUCUCUAGUAGCUCCAGCGACGUGGAAUCCUCCAACGACGCGCGUCCGUGAUGUUAAGGUCACUUCCACAAGGUUUGGCUGCUGUUAGGUACUUAAAUAGUUCUCGGUGGAAAAUCUCAUACCAUACCUGAAGGCUUUUUGUACUACAUGUAGUACAAAUUCGUAGCUCUCAUGAAGAAUGCUUUUAAAAACUUGUACCUACUUAUAUUUCAGAGGUCAUGGUCACUGUCCUGUUAAGGGAAGUUCGAAAUACAAAUAUGAAACGGGUUUUUGUGUUCACUUGUUUAAAUAAAUAUAUUUUUUAUUGUCCAAAACGUAGAUGGUACAUAUGCAGUUGGAGCCCUGGAGACUGCGUUAGUUUACACUGUGUUGGAGCCCAAAAAAAAACAACUUUCGCUUUCCGAGUUUAUUAAUUUUGAAUGACAAUAAUUUUUUGUGCGUAACUCCUAUUAAUACUAAUUUAUGAGCAUUACGUGUACGUUUGUCAUGACAUGUACUAUAAUAUGUCAUAUUUUUUUAUGAUAAUAAUUUCAAGAAUCGAAACGGAAAAGCAUCACGGUCUCCGAAAAAGAAUACACGUAAAUGAAAAAUUGUGUACACUAGUUACUUACAUUUCUCUUGUAAUCCUCCGAGGCCCUAUGAGUCAUGAUUCAACACGCUGAACGAAGAAUUCCAUACACAUAGACUAUGUCUAAGUAUCCCCCGACGUAUUUCCAGUUCGCUGUUCCGCAGGAAAUAUUGCAAGAUUAAUAGACUCUCAGCUUUUAUACCCGUCGUCAGUGUUAUUUAAAUAAUACAAAAUAGAGGUUUUAUACGCAACUGCGCCUUCAGAUCUUUUAUUGUGAGUACGAAGUUUUUAAAGAUGACGAUUUUUAGUUUUCCAUAUUAUGUACUUUAUAAAGUACAUUUAGUAAAUUAGAUCGAACAAAUUGAAAAUUUGCACAAAGUUGCUGAGGCUUUCAAAUUAUCUUUACGUAGGACGUAAACCGUAAAUUAUCACUAAAAAUCUAAACAUAACUAUUAUUUUUCUAGUAAUAUUUUCAUAGUGUUUCACUUAAGUGGCGAAUCGGUGUUUUUAUAAAAAUGUUUGUACACAUUAGUAUAUUAGCUUACUCAAACGCCGUUAACUUUCUUAUUAGGUACGUUACAUUUUUUUAAAUGAUACACUAUGUGGAUAUCUUUUGUUUUAUGAAAUAUAAUAAAUAUACAUAUUAUUGUGAGAAAAAUCUCAAUUGUUUUUUUAAUAAUUGAAAACUUUGUAACAAAAUACGUUUGAGUUAGCUAUACUAAAUGGGAGCAAACUAUUGUAGAAAUGCUCAAAUGAAUUUAUAGAAUGUAUUUAAGAAUCGCGACGUGGGAAGUGUAUAUAUUGGAAGACCAGCUGGUCACUGCCAAAAUGUAAAAUGCUUGUAUAUAAUCGAUUUGGACUAAUUGGAGUCACUGACGAGAAGUGGCGCUGAACUAGGUAGGCUGUCAGUGUCAAUUUAUCUGUCAAAUAUUUUAACAAUACUACGUAAGUGGAAUUGUACUUCAUAAGGGAUAAAAAAGCAAAAACCCAAACGAUCAUUAAAAUGCUGUAAAUAAUCGAUUAUCGGCAAAUACUUGUGCAUAAUGUAUAUUCUUUUUGCAUUUGCAAUUGAAUUGACAGUUAAAUUUAUUGCUGCUUGUCUUUUUUCGUAAUUCAACCAUAAUAGGGCGAUCAUUCAUUAAAUAUGACUGAGAAAGUAGUUGCUUGUAUAAUACACUCAAUGGGGUUGGCAACUGUCAAAGGUUUGCAUAGAUGGCGCCAUCAUAGCUUGCCCCUGUCUCUAGUUUUGUUCUAUGAGAUUUGGCUUAAAGUACUGGAAUCCAGGUCAAAAAAUUCCAACAAAAAAAACAAGAAUUUGACACAAUUCUAGGGAUUGACAGGGCAAGCUAUGAUGGCGCCAUCUGUUUAAUACUUCGACCGGCCAACCCCAUUGAACUGACAAUUUUGACCGAUCAUUUUGGAAAAAAUACACGAAGCAAAUUGACGGUUAAUGCCGAUAAAAAAGGUUAUAUUUCCUAUGGUAUUUUUCGUGAAAUCUAUGUAUUUAAUGCUGAUCUCUUUUUUUCUUUGAGCAUUUAACCGACUGGAGACGCCUUGUCUGUAAUUUUCUGGACAAAACAUGCUGAUUUUUGCGGGGGAGGGGUACGUCAAAUGUAUGGCUAUUUGUAUGUACAAUAAGUAUGACCAUUGGCCAUGGUUUUCGACAGAGGGGUAAGCUCUUGAAGGCGACACCGGUUGGAUAAAUGCUCUAAGCUUUUUUUAUUACUGGAAGGUUUUUAUGUACAAUAACUAUGACCUGAGUAUGACCAUUGGCCAAGGUUUUCGACAGAGGGGUAAGCUCUUGAAGGCGACUCCGGUUGGUUAAAUGCUCUAAGCUUUUUUUUAUUACUGGAAGGUUUUUGUCUAAAAUGUAUGAAUUCUUUGAGUAAUUUCUAACGUUAUGUAUCUUUUUUUAACUAAUUGGUUACUCAUGUAUUCAUGUACAUGUAAAAUCACAUUGUACCUACAUUUAUUUUCACAAGAUGAGACGUGUAUUUGGAAUAUGUAUAAGCUUAUUAAAAAUCAAUUGCUUUAACUACAAUUAUUUUAAAUUAUUGUCAUUAAAAUACGCACAAUUGAAUUAAACUGUUGAUACAUGUUAUCACAAAAUUAAUUAAUUGAUAUUAAAUUAAUGAAAAUGUAAUUAAUAUUUUUUAAACGUAUAAUGCAUCACUUGACAAUUUCUACAUUAUUUAUGUAAUAUUUUCAAUUUGCAUAUUUAUUAUUGGUCUAUAAAUAGAAAAAAACUAUCAUUUUAUAGGUAGAGCAGCAAUGCCAAUGCCUAUUUUUAUUUACUUGACUGUCGCAGAGGACAUUUAUGUAUUUUUUUUACAUAAUAUAAUAGAUAACAUUUAUGUUUUUCUGUUAAUACGAGUAUUGUAACCUUUUUAAAGACCAGUAAACAGUAACAAGACGUUUUAGGUAUAUAUGUUUUGCCAUUGCUCUGAUGCCUUGAUUUUUAAAUAAAAAACAGAACUGAAUGUGUUUUAAGCAUUAUGCCGAUCAAAAAAUCUAGGCAAAUAGAUUCUAUAAGACCACAUGUAUAGUGUAUAGCAAUUAGAUGCAGUUUCGUAUGUAAUAGGUACUUUGUUUUGUCUUGUUUUGUGAUAAUAUGCUGUUUUUCAUUAUUCCAUAUUAUAUUUAUAUUUAAUGCAUAGCUAAAUAAGUUACCAAAAAUCUGUCGGCCCUUUUCUGUGUUCCUUGCGUUUUUUUAAGUAUUUAUUUUAGCUGUAAGUCUUAUAAUUUCCCUUAGCUUUAGUUCGUUAUGUAUUUUAUGAACUUUGUAGUAAUUAGGUAGGUACCCAAUGGUCAGAAUUAACGUAUUUUCUAUGAACCUAACGAUCUUGUUUUCAUGUAGAAUUACCAAUUAAAUAUAAUGGUAUAAAUGGAAUUUGACAUCAAUAAUUUGCGAUACAAUUUUAUUUUUAACUCGAAGAAUAAUAUAAUUUGUUUACAACCGAAGAUUUUAUUUGUCAUUUACUUAGGGCCUGUUUCACAAUGUCCAAGUAAAGUCCUGAAUAAGCUACUUUGCCACUUAUCUGACGAAUAAAGUCAUCGUUGGCGUUUCACUAUCUUCAAAUAAGCUUAACUGCUAGAUAAAGUGCUAAGUUUUGCAGGAAUAAUUAUCUGGUAGUUAAUUUAUUUGUUAAUUAGCUAUCUAGUACUUUACUUGGACAAUGUGAAACAGACCCUUAAUGGAUUAACCUUACGGAGGUAAUAUUUUGUUAAGUAAUUGGUUUCCUUUGCGCUCACACCCACACCCAAUCCAGGGAUACACGAAGAAUUUUAGGACAAUCUUUUGUUUCAUUUUCAAUCUUUUAUGACCGAAGUCGAUACAAAUCCUUCAAGGCAUAGAUCAGUAAUUGCUACGCCAAUUGUUGCUUUAUGGUUUAGGAGAAUAUAAUACCGAACUACGUGUUUCGUACAUUCUCAGACACAGAUCAUAUUAUAGCCAGUAAUUAAUCGUAAUUAAUAAUUGUUUGUACCUAUUAAUUUAUGAGCAUUUUAUUUAUUAUCGUAAACCUAACCACAUUUAGGCUAUAUACUAACCACAGUUUCUGCAAUCACAUUUAUUUUAUAUUAAUGCUCUACUUGUAGGACUAUACAAAAAUCACUAAAACCAGAAGUAUAAAUAAAACUAGUCUGGUUUUUUGUAUUUUUAUAUAACUGAAAACACACAAUAUUUUUUAUUAAUCGUUCAGCGAAAUACGUUGCAUGCAAAUUGAACCUGUUAAGCGAUUUAUGAAUUUCGAGCGCUCGAAAGUGGAAAGCGGCAAAAUGCUAUUUCUGGAAUACGAGUGAUAGAAAUUGGGAAUCUAGUGGUAUUGACUCGAUUUCAAUUCUAUUUGUAGAAUUUAAUCGAGCGAUCGAAAUUCAAGGAUCGGCCUCCUGUACUGUAACAACUUACUUACAGACUUAUGGUGUUUUAUUUUUUGUAACGUAUUUUGUUGAUGAUGCUUAUGGCCAAUCCAAUCUACUAGGGAUUUGGCAAGAAUUAUUUCGUUACAGUAUUUAACGGGGUGCGUAGCCAACUGUCAAUCGUUAACGCUCCGUAUCGAACGACACGCAAUUGUCACUGUCGCAUUAAUAUCGAAGAGUGAUAGAGAGAUAUGACUACGCUACGCUACGGAGCGUUAAGAGGCCGUUAUCGAUUUUAGUCGCAAAAAUGUCAAAUUGUUAGAUUUAGCGCAUGAAAUUGUACACCUUUUGUUAACUAUUAGAAAUAACAAGUACUGGUUUCUAUUAGCAUGUCUUGUUAUCUUUCAUUUUAAUAAAUCAUAUUUUUGAAAACAGACUCACUUAAUUUUUAUAUUAAAGGAAACAUACAGCAUAUAAUAAAACAAAAUGGAAAAACUAAUCUAAAUUAAUUGGUUAUGAUUUUUUUUCUGAUGGACGUUUAGGUAAACGCGCGUAAAGCAGUGAUUUUGUCGAUCUUAUUUGUAAAUUUCGUAAAGUUUGUACUGCUAAAACAAAUAUCCUGUACUUCAACUUUAAUAAACUACAUUUUUGUUAUUAUAAAUUUGAAGUAGUGUAAAUGAAAGUUAAACGAAAUCAAUUUUCUACAGAAAUUACUUCAAAACAAGUGACAAUUUCUCUGAAAGUUGACUUAAUUUCAACGUAAUUUUGAUAUUUAAACAAUCUACAACAUCUGCUGAAACUGUUCUUAUACAUCAUUUUGUAUAAUUUAAUACCAUAAUUUUUUGAUGAAUUUUUAAAAACUGUCCCUUCUCGUCACCUAUUACCGGGGACGCACGCUUGCGACCCCAUUAUUAAAAGACAAGAUAAAAAACGUGCUAAUAGAAACCAAUACUUGUUAUUUACAUAUUACGUAACAAAAGUUGUACAAUUUCAACGACUAAAUCUAUCAAGUUUAAAUUUUUGCUCUAAAAUUGUUACCGGGCUCUUAACGAUUGGCAAGUGGCUAAGCGUAAGCACCCAGUGCAUUUUAUCAACUUUAAAUAUUCAAUUUAAUCAGAAAAAAAGUGCUAGUGUUCAAAUUGUCAAAUCCAUAGUUGAGUGGUUUUCAGUUGUCUUGUCUGUUCCCGAAAGUAAGAUUAUUGGUGAUACAUUUAUACCCACAACUGUGCAAAAACUACGCCGGGACUUAUUUUGGGAAUUUGGGCGAUGUAAAUCACAAGUAGAAAUUAGGCUCCGGUAUUUUUUCUUUCGGGUACAGAGCAAAAAAAAGUUCUUUUGUCUGUAUGUGACCCAUUGGUAUUGGAAAAUGAGCUUUGUCUAUGGUUUGUAUUCGCUACAGAUAACAUAUUUUUGUACGAAUAGCGUAGUGGCUCCGGUUUCGAUACAGUUAACCUAAUUGUAUGUAAUGUUAAUUAUUUCUAAGUAUGUAUCGAUGUACGGUCCUGUAUAUAAAGAUGUGGAAUUUA